UUUAUACAGAUGUAUGCAUGUGCCUAUGUUCUGCUAUAUAUUUUUUUUUACAGUGUAAACGUAAAAACGUAAACGUUACAUCUAUCAAGUAUGACUGUGUUGUAUGUUUAAAACUGGUUAUGUAAUAAGUAAGCGUUCUAAACGCAUGGAUGAGGAGGCAAAGAACCACCAGAACUAAACGAAACCGCAGAACAAGUAAUGAAUAACAUAUAUACACCCUAAAUUUAGUAGGUGAACUUGGCAGCCAUGUUUGGUUAGUGUGGAAAGAGUUAAACUACGUUUUGGAUUCAUGCUGAACAGAAACUCGUGCGGAAUAACGAUGAGUGAGGAUGCCUAUGAGGUCAGAGAUGGGGCUGAGUACCGUUACCUUGUCCAGGAAGAAGGUGAUGAAGUGGAACAUUACAGCAGGCGCAGAUACGUCAGCCCGUUUCUGGUCGUCUCCCGCAAGUGGAUCUUCAUCAUCACCGUUGGGGUUCUCUCCCUCCUGGCCCUGGCGGGGUAUUUGGCCUACGUGGCCGUGAACCCCCUCCAUCGCUCUGCCGUCGUCAGCACCAACUGCGGGUAUGUACGCGGCCGAUGGGCCGACGGGGCGUACUCCUUCAAGGGCAUCCCCUUCGCUGCACCUCCCGUCAAAGAGCGACGGUGGAAGCCCCCAGUGGACCUCCAGGAAGCCGGCCUGUGCUGGAGAGGCACCUACGAGGCCGCCCUCUUCCGUAACAUAUGUGCGCAGGUGCAGCCCAUGGAUGAAAAGGGCAAGGUCAUGGGCGAGGAGGACUGCCUCUACCUGAACGUGUGGACGCCCAGCUUACAGAAGGAUGCCAGGCUGCCCGUGAUGGUGUGGUUCCACGGGGGGUACCUGCACAUGUUCAGUGGAUCAGAGAAGGACUUCUCGCCGACCGAGAGUCUGGCUGCCCAGACCGGGAUCGUUUACGUCAGUUUCAACUACCGCCUCAACGCUUUCGGCUUCCUCGCCUUGGAGCUUCUGAGAGAAGGUUCUCCAACCAACACAUCUGGAAAUUAUGGCUUCAUGGAUCAGAUUGCAGCUCUGAAAUGGGUGCAAAGGAACAUCCAGCAGUUUGGGGGCGAUCCGGGAAAAGUCACUAUAUUUGGACAAAGUUCAGGGGGAACAUCUGUGUGGACCAUGAUGAUGUCCCCACUCGCCAAAGGCCUGUUCCACAGGGCUAUAGACAUGAGUGGCUCAUACAUUUACAAUGGCUCUUUGGAGAAGGCGGAGAAGGACAACUUGGUGUUCCUGAAGAAGUCAGGUUGCAGUAACUUACAGUGUCUCUACAGUCUCUCCACAACCAAAGUACUCCAGUCUAUUCCAUGGAAAGAGUACCCUUUUUGGGCCGCCGAAGACUAUGCAAACAUACCAACGAAGGGCCUCUUUGAUGGACCGGUGGCUGUUGUAGAUGGGCAUGUUCUACUUGCCCCACCCUUUGAGACCUGGGAGAAAGGCAGCAGCUACAAUGAUGUUCCCUAUGUGAUCGGAACCACCGAACAGGAAGCUGAUUUCAGUCCACCAUAUGAGAACAUCUCAAUGUGGACUUGGGAAGACUACUAUUGGUUUGUGACAAAAAACCUGAUGCCCUUUGGAGUGAAUAUCUCCAAAGAAGCUGCUACCCUGUACCCUAGCUCUGCCAAAUGCCCCAUCAAUGACCGCUGUCCUGAAAGACUCUACACCACCCUGGUGUCAGACGUGAGAAUCACCUGUCCCGCCCACGACAAAGCCAGAAGAGCUGCAUUGGCUUCGAAGAGCCCUGUGUACCGUUACAUUGUCACCUACACGCCGUCCAGAGUGGUGGAGAAGGUCUCCUGCCUGCUACCCUUUCACAGUCGCUUCUCAUUCCACAUGUUAGAUGCACUGGCGUUCUUUGAUAGCCUUAAAUCGGUACUGGCGGGGGUGAGCUCAGAAGAUCGAAGUUUUCAGGGGAUCAUGACCAAGUAUAUGGUGCACUUCGCAAGAACAGGUGAGAUGCCCAGCGAGUGGCCCCCGUUCCCCUCACACAUGGCGCUGCUGUCACACAACUUCUCCGCCGUCCAGAACUUCUCAGCCUCGCGGUGUCAUUUCUGGGAGAAGAAUCACUUUUAUCCAUAUGCAUGGGCCAAUUAAGAAGAAUGGGACUUACUUGUAUUCUGCUUUAUCAAAGAUGGUUUUAAUGUUUUAUGGUGUUUGCACGAAGUUACCAACCGCUAAGGGAACGUUGAAUACACUAUAAACUACUGCACUGUGACGAAAGGGCACCUGUUCUUGUUCCCAUGCCAGUCUGAAUGUGGUGCCAGUUUUCCUGCUUCUGUACCACCCUGUGUCACAAAGACAUCUAGGUGUGUUACCACCUCAUCAAGACCUCCUUUGUUCCUUGAAACAAAAGAAAAUGCCCAAAAGUGAUUGCACAGCCACAAUAGCAAUUGCAUGGGCUCUUUAAUCCACUGUCUCCCAGUAACGAGCCACCAGCAGCUACACCAUCCCUUGUCAUCUGACACGUUCUAGAACUGGACUAGAUAAGAAUCAUAUGCACUUCAAAGGCAAUUGACUAAAAUGUCUGUGAAAUGUCCUUGAAAGUUAUAUGUCACAUGCACAUUUAACACUGAGAACUACAUUCAGCAGAUGUAGGUAGGAUUCAAGAGGCUGGGAGUCUAAAUCAAUAUAAGCAUUCCAUCCACAACACCUACACCUCUAGGUCACAUGCGAUGUCAUGAAAACCAAUCGGGAAUCGGGAAAUGCAUACACACAUGCACUGAAGGAGACAAGCAUGUGAGAAGGAGCAGGAUUAAGAUGCUGGUAUGCUCUAAUUCCUCAGAGACAGUUCCUCACAGUGGGUGGGGAGGAGUGACCGGGUCAUAAACCCAGUAUCAGAUGAACUGGGGCAGAAAUGGGAUACAGCUGUUACUACACCAGAGAAUCAGUUACUUCAUUGUGUACUCAAACUGUAUACAGAUAUUAACCCUACAAAUAGCCCAUUUUGCCCUACUUUGUAGCCUACAUUAUAAUUUUAUAUUGCACCAUUCACAUAAGUUGUCCAAAAGGUGUGUUUUAUUCUUUAUUUAGGUCGACCUUUUUAUGCCUGUGGCAAAAUUUCAAAUAAAGAACGGCUAUCCCUCGAAAUAUAAUUAGUAAAACCUUUGUCUAUUUAACGAACAAGAUCAAGCAUAUAACCUGAGACACUGCAGGCUGGACAGCGUCAUCACACAAGAAGCACGGUUUUAUAACAGCUUCUUUCCAGCCCCUGUCAGACUGGUGGCUAAAGACAUAACAGAAGGCAAAAGUAUGCCUGCGUGUUCAGGUUCAACUGGAGAAAUACCUCGAUAUUUGAACCCUGAGAUAUCUUUAAAUUCAGAUUAACUAAUCAGCCUUGUUAACUUAGUAUGGAAAGAGCUCAUUGAGUUUUUUGAUUUGUGUGCAGAAAUUAAGUGUUAUGGGGUACUUUUAUUUUUAAAACAGUAUGCAAUACGCGUGAAUGACGUUUCCCUGCAUUGCAAAAUCUCAUAGCAAACGUGCCUUAGUGUGGAUGCGUAACUGUUUAUGUGUAACUACUCUGUUUGGAAAGGUAUGGAUAUUUGGGGGUUUGCGAGGAGGAAGCGCCGGAUAAGUGGCCUUGGACGACAGUACAAAUAACGACGUCAGUAAGAAAAGGAGCUGAUUGGUGUUUCAGUAAAAUCAGAAAUACAUCUAACAUAGGGAAAACGUUAUAUACAUAGGCUUUUCAGUGAGUGGCAUAUCAAAAGAAAAACACUUUUAGUAUUUUUAUACUAAAUUUAGUUAUAUUAAAUAUAGUAGAAAUUAAAUCGCAAUAACUUGUUAAAGGGCAUUUGUGGACGGAGGGGGUGGGCUCAUGGAGGGUUGGUUUGUCCACCCCCCACCCCCCUAGGACGUGCUGCCCCUCGAAACCUUUCCAAAUUCCCAUACGCUUAAUCGGGACCAGCGAGGAGGUGCUUCGUCAAUCCACGGACGUCGUCUGUUAUUUCGGAGACAGUUAGGUUGGGAAUUCGCUGCUGUAUGUUCUGUUUUUUUUUUUACGUUAAUGCAUGUGCUGUGUAGCGAUAACUGGAAUCUUCUGCGGAUUUACGAUUAAUCGUUAACUUCUGUAACGCCCGAAGUGCGUGACGUAGGACUGUUAAUCUCAGCAGGCAAAAAAUGACUUUCCCGUAGACUGAACCAAAGCCGUGAAUUGCGAUCUGCAGUUUAAGAACUUUGCAUGCAGAUCUUAUUGCUUGAUUGUGGAAAACACUUACAUAUUCUGAAAAAUUGUAGAAAAUGCGUUACAUGGCUGUAACUAAAAUUAUAUAUUUGUCCUUACGCCAAAUAUAUAAUGGUUUUAUAUACAAUCAUUUGCAUGUGUAUUGCGUUUGUUACGUAAUUAUUUUAUAAUAGAAUGUAUUUAUCGUGUUUUCAAGUACGCUCCACCAGGACAUGAAUGUGUAUAACAAAAUACACAAGUUUUGGUAAUUGUUUUAUAAUGUUAGUGAUUUGAUUUAGCGUUUGACUUCUUCACAUCUGCAUGCUUGCUGCAUGUGUAACAGGUUAUUUUACUUUUAAUUUAUAAUUAUACAAGAUUCUGUUUUCUUUUUCUGUUGUACCUGAUGGGUACAAAAUCCCGGGGGCGGCAUGGUGGCACUGUUGCCUCACACGUCUGGGACCCGGGUUCGAGUCUCCGCCUGGGUCGCAUGUGUGUGGAGUUGCAUGUUCUCCCCAUGUCGUCGUGGGGUUUCCUCCGAGUACUCCGGUUUCCCCCCACAGUCCAAAAACAUGCUGAGGCUAAUUGGAGUUACUAAAUUGCCCAUAGGUGUGCAUGUGUGAGUGUGCCCUGUGAUGGGCUGGCCCCCCAUCCUGGGUUGUUCCCUGCCUCGUGCCCAUUGCUUCCGGGAUAGGCUCCGGACCCCCCGCGACCCAGUAGGAUAAGCGGUUUGGAAAAUGGAUGGAUGGAUGGUACAAUAGCCCUUAAACUUCCCAUGAUGCUCUUGUCCUGCAUCGCUCCUCCCUUUGUCUUUUCCCCUUUAUAAGGGUCCCGACCUCAUUUCCUCUUCCCUUUGCACACGCGGGAAGAGGUGAGGAUCUAAUGACAGGGUCCCCCGAGUUAAUAAAUCAAUUGUGUAAUUAUGCCCCAUAUAAUAUAUAUGAUUUAUUGUUUAUCAUAAGUAGGGGAUGGAAAAAAUGUCUAUACAUAAGUAUAUACAUUGUUUUACUUUGUGCAGAGAGAGAGCCAGAGCGUAUGAAGUUUACCCCUUUCCCUAUUGUUCCCGACAG